UGGACUUGUCAGGAUCCAGGGUUAUGUAAUGCUCUGGCUGCUGGAGGCUGCGGUCAUGCUUGUGAAUUGCAUCAGACAAAAUAGUGGCAGCAUUACUUUGCUGCAGUGAAUCCCAGCUCUGGAACACACCCCGCUGCAGCCUGCAGAGCAGCCACACUGAGCUCAUUCUGCUGUGAACAUUCGGUGAGCUGCUAGAACACAGUUCAGGAUGGCUCUAAAUGAUAAAGACCCAAUACCUGCAGUGGGGACACUCUCCUCAGGUCAACUGCAGUCCCACCUCAAGAUGGAGCCCAAAACUCUGGGGGCAAUCCAGAUUGUUAUUGGGGCUUUGAUUCUUUGUCUCAGUGGGUCUGUGCUCCAGAUCCAUGAGGUCCACUUUACAGGGGAUGUGGCCCUCUUCCUGAUCGUUGUCAUACAGGUGACCCUGUCUGGUUCUGUGUUGGUCCAUAGUGGGAGGAGACCUACUCUAUUCUGGGUGAAAUGCAUGCUCGUGCUGCAUCUCAUCAGUGCCGCAUUUGCCACUGCUGCCCUGGGUCUGAUGUCCAAACACCUCCCCUACCGCCAGGACUCUUACCACUGUGAACACUGUCGCAGACUGGAGCUACAUGCUGUGCAACAUUGUUUCAGGAAAUGCACCGGGCUGAUCGAGCAAAAAUGUAAACUGUUGAUUGACGGGAUCCUGGGGACGCUGGUGGUCUUCCUGGUGCUGGAGCUGUUGAUCUGUAUCACUGCCAUGCUGUUUGGACUCAGUGUCCUCGCUGCUGGUGCAACUCAGGCUCCCAGCCAGAGACCUGUCUAUCCACAGACCCGCCCCCCACUUGCUCCAGCUGUGCAGGCUGCUCCAGCUGCAGCCGGACCACCUCAGCAGGUGGCUGUAGUUGUGACUGAACCAGAUUCAGAGCAGGUGGAGGAGAUCUCCACCCCACCCACUGAACCCCAGGUGGAGCCCAUAGAGACUGUGACUACAGAACCCUGAACUCAGCACUCACUGCCCUCUGUGGUGUCAUGUCAGACAGAGAGGGAAUAUGGAUGUUAACUAGGUAAAACUACUCCUGUCAGCCCUCUGGUCAUUAUAAUUAGAACUUGUUUAUCCUGAUGACACAUGCAUCAACUCAGUUAACAAAGUGACUAGAAUCAGUGUUAAUACUCCAAUAAACCAUAUCCACAAGAUUACCAUUUUCCUCUGACAUCACAGUUAGGGUGGGGAGCUCAAAUACUUUUAUAAACAAAAUAAUGUUGUACUGCUGUGAUUCAGGCUAAUAAAUCAUAUAAACACAGGGAAUCUGACUAAUGGUUAUCAUUUCAUAAGUCCAUAACCAAUCAGUUUCAGAAAAGACAAGGGAUAUCUGGAGGUACAUGAGACCUGUGCCUAAUGUCAGAGAAAAGUGGCAGCCGUUUGAAUAUGGUCUAUUGACUGCAUAUAUAAAUAACAGAUUCUUAUAGUAAGGAGAAAGCAAAAACUGUGUAAGGUAUAUUCACUUCACUAACAGUGUGCUCACAUUUAGUGUCAAUUAGAAUGAAGUAGAUUUGUAACCUGGUACUAUUUUGCCUUUCGAAAGUCUCAAACUCAUUUAAACUAAAACAUAUUUCACCGCUGAAAGGACUUGUUUCUCAUUUAUUAAAGUAACUUUGAGUUUAUAUAAAGAUAUUCUCAAGUUGUCUUAAUGCCUGUCUACAAUGAACUGAUGAAAAAGUGACAGCAGUCAAGCUAAAACUGUUCAUCGUCCGUUUUCAUAUUUAUACAUAUUAUUAUUAUUCAAACGUAAAGGAGUACUUCAGUGAUUUAGUGCUCUUAUUAUGUUGGCAGAUUAACAGAAAAUAAACAGAUAAAAACAGAAUGUUGAAACUCUUAAGUAGCAGAUGCUGAGAUAUAGGGAUAUAUCUAUAGCUUUUCAUAGAGACAGUGAGAUAUGUAUUGUAUGUUGUGACCACAAAAGAUAAAUAAUUGGUGAUCUUUGAUAAUAUUAUCUACUUACAAACACUGAAAUACAAAGAUAUAUGUGAAGCCAUUUAAACAGGAGGCACCUAUACUGAGUCCAAUUUUAAUGAAAACUGACAUUUUUGUGUCACUUCUCUCAUCACAUAUACACAUCAUUUAAUAUUUUGCUUAUCUGUUUCCCAGAAAUGUGCUGACAAGCAGACAUGAUACUGCUGAGAACUUUUGCAUAGAAGUGAUUCUGUAGCUAGAGUUCUUGUACUUUGUCACACUCGUUACACAUCAAAAUUCAGGAUUUGAGACUCAUAAUGUCAGUAUUCCCUAAAAUCUACUGAGCCACGUGUCACACAGUUUUCCUGCACUGGUUUGUUUGUAUUUGUGGAAACCACUGGACGGCAUGAUUUACUGUAAAUGAAUGUAUGAUCAUUUAAAUCAAUGCAAAUAAAGUAAACGGUA